UGGGAAGAGCUCAGGGCUGGUGAAUGGGUAUGAGCGGAAAAUACGUGGCAAAGAAGGGCAGGUUGAGGUACGUGGGAGGUUGUCGCAGUGAGGAAUUGUGGAGGGGCUUUCUUGAUGCCGAUAAGGGGUUUGCUGGCAGUCGACUAGGGUGCGGGAGUCUGGGCGUCUGGCCGGGUACCUUUUAGUGACUGACGUUGCCCUCAAUUUCAUCCAUGUAUUUGAGUUCCUUGGCCCAGGGGAACGGACACGUGAGCUACCAAGUCUCUGGUAACACCAACCAGCCAGUAUGUGCUUUAACGUCUAUGGAGGUAUUGUUAUGCUCGAAUCUAUGGAUUUCCCCUCGAGCAAUCGGAGCAUUAUUGACUCUCACAAGUUAGACAGGGGACUUCGACUCCAUGGGGCUUUGCUGGAGACUCGACAGACAAGGAAAGGUCCAGACUUCGAUCUGGGACACUUGGCUUUUGGGUCUCUGCCGCCACCCAAUGAUAGUCCUCGAAACGCCAUACAUGCACCACUGAAACCAACCACGGAUUCCCACCGAAUGGACGACGAAAAGUGUCAAGGUCCAAGGAACCACAUGCUUUGUUUUGCAUGGCCAACUCUAUGUGCAAACAGUGCAAAGCAGCACUCUGUUAUUAGCCAUUCAGACGAUUUCUGCGAACUCGAACCACAUAGCACAACCUUAAAAUCACUUGACAACAAUAAUGCACUCGCUCAACGAUUUUUUUGGUGUUGCACCGCCCUUUUUGUUUUGUUUUUUUUUAACUGUAAAAAGCUACCCGAUUUGAAACGUUUUGCGCCAAACUUUUCCUCUUCCUUCUAAGCCGCCUCCAGCUUAAGCUAAUUUACAACCCAGCAGAGGGUGACGGAGAAAAUGGGAGGUUAGGUAACAGGUACAGAAGAGGUGGCCGGUAAGAUCAUGUGUAUUAGUUUAGGGAUGGUGGCAGCCCUGCACAUCUUGUUUGGCCUAUCUACCGAGAGCGAAU